AUGGCAGAGUCACUGCUUCUCCCUCUAGUCCGCGACGUGGCUGGCAAGGCCGCAGACGCACUCGUCGAGACAGUGACCCGCAUGUAUGGCCUUGACGACGACCGCCAAACGCUCGAGCGGCAUCUACUAGCAGUCGAGUGCAAGCUGGCCAACGCUGAGGAGAUGAGCGAGAAAAAUCCCUAUGUCAAGAGCUGGAUGAAGGAGCUCAAGUCCGUCGCCUACCAGGCCGACGACGUGCUCGACGACUUCCAGUACGAGGCGCUGCACCGCCAAUCUAGGAUUGGCAAGUCCACUACUCGAAAGGCACUCAGCUACAUCACGCGCCACAGCCCGCUGCUCUUCCGUUUUGAAAUGAGCAGGAAACUCAAGAACGUCCUCAAGAAGAUCAAUAAGUUGGUUGAGGAGAUGAACAAAUUUGGCCUGGAGAAUUCUGUCCAUAGGGAGAAGCGGCAACAUCCUUGCCGGCAGACGCACUCAAAACUGGAUGACUGUACCAAAAUCUUUGGAAGAGAUGAUGAUAAGACGGUGGUGGUCAAGCAACUGCUGGACCAACAAGAUCAGCAGAAGGUGAAGGUAUUGCCCAUCUUUGGGAUGGGUGGUCUUGGCAAGACGACUCUUGCUAAGAUGGUGUAUAAUGACCAAGAGGUCCAGAAAAAUUUCCAGUUGAAGAUGUGGCACUGUGUGUCAGACAACUUUGAUGCCACUGCUCUUUUGAAAUCCAUCAUUGAGUUGGCUGUAAAUAAAAGAUGUGACAUUCCUGACACCAUUGAGUUGUUGCGAAAGCAACUUGAGGAAAUCAUUGGCCAGAAGAGAUUUUUACUUGUUCUCGAUGAUGUUUGGAAUGAAGAGAAGAGAAUGUGGGAGGAUGAACUGAAGCCACUAUUGUGUUCUGUUGGUGGACCAGGAAGUGUUAUAGUGGUCACAUGUCGAAGCAAACAAGUGGCCUCUAUAAUGUGCACUGUCAAGCCCCACGAGCUAGUAUUUCUGAGUGAAGAAGACUCAUGGGAAUUGUUUUUGAACAAAGCAUUUAGCAAUGGUGUAAAUGACCAACCAGAGUUGGUCGCCAUCGGAAGGCGUAUUGUCAAUAAAUGUGGGGGGUUGCCUCUUGCUCUCAAGACAAUGGGCGGAUUGCUGAGUUCAAAGCAAAAAGUACAGGAAUGGAAGGCCAUCGAAGAAAGUAACAUUGGGGAUAAUGAUGGAGGCAAAUAUGAAGUCAUGCCCAUACUGAAAUUAAGCUACAAACACCUAUCACCUGAAAUGAAGCAAUGUUUUGCAUUCUGUGCAGUUUUUUCCAAGGAUUAUGAGAUGGAGAAGGAUAGGUUGAUCCAACUAUGGAUGGCAAAUGGCUUUAUUCAUGAAGAGGGAACAAUGGAUUUAAUUCAGAAAGGAGAAUUCAUUUUCGAUGAGUUGGUUUGGAGGUCCUUCCUCCAAGAUAAGAAAGUGAUAGUCAAAUCUGCUGUCUAUUGGGGUGGCACAAAUUAUGAGACAAUUGUAUGUAAAAUGCAUGACUUAAUGCAUGAUCUAGCAAAAGAUGUCACAGAUGAAUGUGCAAGUGUAGAAGAAUUGUCUCAGCAAAAAGCAUUGUUAAAAGGUGUUUGUCACAUGCAAAUGUCAACGGCCGAAUUGCAACAAAUCAGUGGGUUAUGCAAAGGCAGAACAUACCUCCGCACGAUGUUAGCUCCUUCGGAAUCACGGGCGGAGCAUACUUAUAAUUUUCUGAGCAGAUCACACAAAGAUAUUAAGGAGUUGCAACAGGUAUUGGCAUCACUAAGAGCAUUGGAUUGCUCCCCUUCUCUAAUUGUCAUUUGCAAGGCCAUAAAUGCAAAACAUUUACGGUAUCUUGACCUCUCUUGGUCAGACAUCAUUAGUUUGCCAGAUUCAGUAUGUAUGUUGUAUAAUCUGCAAACACUGAGGCUCAUAGGUUGUCAAAAGUUGCAGCAGUUACCACAAAACAUGGCAAGAUUGAGAAAGCUCAUCCAUCUUUAUCUAUCUGGUUGUGAUCGUCUCAGAAGUAUGUCCCCAAAUUUUGGUGUACUGAACAACCUUCACAUAUUAACAACAUUUGUUGUGGGUACUGGAUAUGGUCUCGGGAUAGAGCAGCUCAAAGACUUGCAACACCUGAGCAAUAGGCUGGAACUGCUGAAUUUGAGCAAGAUAAGGAGUGGCAAGAAUGCAAAAGAAGCCAACCUCAAUCAGAAGCAAAAUCUAACUGAGUUGUUAUUCUCUUGGGACCAAAAAGUAGGUGAUGGGCCUAGAGAUAUGGCCUGCAAUGUGGAAGAAGUGUUGCAGUGUUUAGAACCUCACAGUAAUAUCCAAAAUUUGGAGAUACGUGGAUAUGGCGGCCUACGAAUAUCACAAUGGAUGAGAAAGCCUCAGAUGUUUAACAGUUUGAAAGAACUCGAAAUGUCCGAUUGCCCAAGAUGCAAGAGUAUACCCGUCGUAUGGUUCUCGGUCACUCUGGAGAUUUUGUCCUUACAAAAGAUGGAUAACCUGACCACAUUAUGUAAUAACCUUGAUGUUGAAGCCAGAGGAUGCAUUACCCCUCUGCCAAUUUUCCCUGGGUUGAAGAGGAUGGAGUUGAUUGAUUUACCAAGCCUGGAGAUAUGGGCAGAAAAUAGUGUGGGAGAGGCUAGUGAUAGCUUGGUAACGUUCCCGAUGCUUGAAGAGCUAAAGAUCGAAAAGUGCCCUAAGCUUGCAAGUAUUCCAGUGAUCCCCAAUAUCAGCGAGUUGACAAUAGUUAGAGUUCACAGUACUACAGUCAGUUUAGUUUUUAUGAGCAUCCAAUUGGGCUCUUGGCCAUUUCUCGCCAAGUUAACUCUUCGGUCUCCAGGAGACAUACCCAUGUUGUCUCUAGACGCCCAGCAAAGCCAAAGUCAAAUACCUCUUGAAAAACUGAAGCAUUUGUAUCUGGGAGGCCCCAACAGCUUGGUCAGAAGCUCUCGAUUGUCCAGAUCACAACUUAUGGUUUGGAAAUGCUUUUCGUUUGUGGAAAAUCUGACGAUUAGCAGUUGCAGCAAUCUUGUCCGCUGGCCAACAGAGGAGCUUCGGUCCUUGGAUUGCCUCCGCUCUCUAUAUAUCAGGUAUUGUCACAACCUGGAGGGGAAAACUUCGUCGUCUGAGGAGGAGGCCCUUCCGUUGUCCCUAGAGGCACUGAUGAUUUUAGGCUGCCUCAGUGUGGUAGCACUGCCUUCGAACCUCGGGAAUCUGGCAAAACUGAGAAGUCUCGAAGUGAAUUUCUGCAGUGGCCUGAAAGCGCUGCCGGAUGGGAUGUGUGGCCUCACUUCUCUUAGGCGAUUGAGUAUUAUGGGUUGUCCAGCUUUGGAGGAAUUCCCGCAUGGUCUCCUGGAGCGGUUGCCCGCCCUCGAAAGCUUGAGCAUAGGAGGCUGCCCGGAGUUGAAAAGACGAUGCAGCGAAGGUGGGGAGUAUUUCCACUUGCUCUCCUGCAGGUGGGAAUCUCUGAAAGACUCCACGGCAUAA